CGGCGCGAGCAGGUGUCCAGCUCAACGGGCGGAACGUGACGUCACGCCGGGGGUUACCAGCACAGCAGAGCACAGCAGCGAGUUUGGAGAAAGAGAAGCUAAGGGGAAGAAAAGUCAGUUUGGAAGAAAAUGCGGAAAAAGAAGCGCUUUGGAGAAGAGUUUUCCCAACACGAGGCUCACAGGCAGUCUUAUCCCACAGGGGCAGAUGUAAUAUGAUGAUUUGAUAGGCGGAAAAUUCCUGACGCAGAAGCAGAGCUGAUAACAGGGAGCAUACUGUGACCGCGAUAUCUCAGACUACACUGGUGCUACACAAUAACGGAUGAGAAAUAGUGGGAAAUAUGAACAUAUUAAACCUGGGACAACAUUCUGUUCAUGGCACAGAGAAGCUUAGAGCCGUGAAGAAGCCUGAAGUGUAGUACGGUAAGCUCGCAUCCUUCUCUUUGUACUUGUGUGACUGGAUGCUGGGCCGAAACACUGCUCUUCUAGCACCUAACUCCGGCGUGUGAGCAGGACGCUUCAUCUCACUCAUUGUCCUGUUGACUCCGGUCACUUUGGGCUUUCAUUCAUUCAUUUAUGAUAGGCGUUAUAGUAUAUGAUAAGCGUUAUAGUAUAAUACAGCCUGUGAUAGGCGUUAUAACGUUGCCACGCACACAAAGGGAGAGAAGAAAGACAGCAGCCUGUAAUUGUGUGGCCGCGCACAAAGCGACGAGUUUCUCCUGGCAGCACAGGUCCAUCACUGAAACAGCAGCAGUCAGCCACAGCAGUGUGCAUUAUUUAUGAAGUUGGAGCACUGGAAUGCAGAAGCAGUGAAUGCACGGAAACGUUAACAGAUAACUGCAAGCAUGGAGCUGAAAAGCCAACGCAAAGCCCAAGAUGCCUCCCUCAGGCCACACCGAGCAACUCCUCUGUGAACAAUGGCCAGGUGGAGCUCUUUUGCAUUCAGAUAUGGCUUUGACCUGGGCAGUUACUUCCAUGACCUUCGACCCCUGGGCACGGGUACAUCCGGCCUGGUGUUGUCUGCCAUUGACAGACGAAGCGGGCAACGAGUGGCAAUUAAGAAGCUGGCACUGCGUGAUGCCAUGAGCAUUAAACACGCACUGCGUGAAGUAAAAAUCACAUGCAGGCUCCAGCAUGAGAACAUAGUAAGGGUGUAUGAGGCACUGGGCCCAGGUGGCCAGCCUUUACCUCACAACAUUGCCCAACUUACAGAGAUCUACAUUGUGCAAGAGCUUAUGGAGACAGAUCUGGCCCGGAUAUUGGAGCAGGGUCCCUUGCCAGUGGCCCAUGCCACUUUGCUUUUUUACCAGCUUCUGCGAGGCCUCAAAUUCAUCCAUUCAGCCAAUGUGCUGCACCGUGACCUGAAGCCAGCCAACAUCUUCAUCAACACCGAGCAGAUGCUGCUAAAGAUAGGAGACUUUGGAUUGGCACGCAUUGUUGACCCACACUACUCACACAAGGGCUACCUCUCAGAGGGGAUGGUGACUAAAUGGUAUCGCUCCCCUCGUCUGCUGCUCUCUCCGAACAACUACACCAAGGCCAUCGACAUGUGGGCCGCAGGCUGCAUCCUGGCUGAGAUGCUAACAGGCCGAAUGCUUUUCGCAGGUGCACAUGAGCUGGAACAGAUGCAGCUAAUUUUGGACACUGUGCCAGUGCUUAGAGAGGAGGACCGGCAGGAGCUGCUGAGAGUCAUGCCCUCCUACGUCAACCACAACUGGGAGGUCAGGAGAUCGCUGCAAGAGCUGCUUCCUGAGGUGGACGAUGAAGCCAUAGACUUCCUGGAGCAGAUCUUGACCUUUAACCCAAUGGAUCGGCUAACAGCCGAAGCAGCUCUGUCUCACCCAUUCCUCAGGCAAUAUUCCUGUCCUCAGGAUGAGCCUGUGUCCCUCCAGCCCUUCCGCAUAGAGGACGAGCUGGAGGACAGUCUGGUGAGCGAACAUGGCCACUGGGACAGUCUUUCAUCAGAUCUGUGCUGGAAGCAGCAGGAGCAGUGUGGCUGCAUACAGAGUGUGUCAGAAAUGGGAGAGACUGAGGAGGAUGAGGUCCAGAGAGAUCCUCGGGCCAAUUCCUCCUCCCUCAUUGAGGAAGCGCUGGUGGACCCUGGAAAGCACUCUCACAGCAGCUCAGCAGAACGUUUUCUUGAGCAGUCGCAUUCGUCUUUGGACAGGCUCUGCGGCCACUAUAUGGAGCUGGACUGCGGGCGCUCCUGUGACUACAAAGUGGGUUCUCCUUCAUAUUUGGAUAAAAUAGCAUGGAGGGAUGGGAAGCCCCAACACUAUUCUGAGCCAAAGCUGAUUCUGGACUUGUCUCAUUGGAAGCGCAACACUCUCCCAUCUCCCAAAGAGGGGGAUCCUGAGCAGCUUAAUGCUGAGGAACCUGCUGAUUUGUUCCAGGAGAUUUCACGCUGGGCAGCAAGCACACAACUAGGCCUUCAUUCUCCCGGUUCACCUCAGGAACCUCCAACCUUACCAGGGUCUCCCCCUUUACCCGUUUCUCCUACCCUGCUUCCUCACUCACUCGCACAAAAGCAGGCAACUUCUCUACUGUACACUUCCAAUGUUCUUCAGCAUGGCAGGAGAAGUCCGGCUUCUUUCUUUUCUUCUCCUCCCCCCCUGUUGCCUUCCUCUCCCUCUUCACCUACUCCAGGUUCAUUAACCCCUUUUCAAAACAACAAUGAAGUCUCGCCAAUAGCUAGCGGAGAAGAACAUUCUCACUUUGACCUGGAUGUGUUCAUCUCACAAGUAAAACGUGAGAACAUUGUUACUUCUAAGCAGGGUAGCAUUAGUACCUCUAGGAUCUCAGAGCACAAGCCUUCCAGAACACAAACUUCAACGGAAGAUGUGGUCAAAUCUCAAAGUGUUCACAAAAAACAAUGGUAGAAAGAGUGGAGAGUUGAGAAGACCUACCUUGAACUGGGUGACUGAAUACCUGAUGACUUAGUGCUGCUCUUGCAAGGUUGUGUAGUUUCAUUGAUGUUUGACAUAGAAUAAUAUACAAAACAUUUUUGUGUGUUUCUAAUGGCUCCUAAAAUGUGGUCAUACCUCAGAGGAAAAAUUGAGAAAAAAAUUCAGCUCCCUCGCUGUUCUCCUUAAGACUAAGUGUCUUACACAAAUCAGUGCAAGGGCUUACUGCAGAAUCCUCAGAAAGAUGUUAGAGAAUUCUAAUGUGAGGCCUAAAAUCUACAAGCAUCACUUAUACUUGAUAACACCCACAAUCAGAGUCCCAAAAAAAAAAAAAAAAAAAAAAGUGUUAGUACACAUUUUGGAGCCAUUUAUGCAGAAAUCCACAGAAUUCCAAAGGGUACACAAACAUUUCUGUAUAACAGAAAUAUUGCUGAAUGUAGUUUUACAGUUCUUCCAACAUUAUUUCAAUGCAUCUAAAAUGCAGAAGAAAUGGAAGGUUUUUUUUUAAAUGACAAUUCAUGCACUCUGCAUAUGAGCUGCUUUUUAUACCACUGUAAUCUCCACCUUUGCAAUAGUAGACAGUAAUGGUUUGCUUGAUUACUGUUUCCAAAGCUUUCACCUAAUAAACCUAUUCCUUGUAAUAUACAAAUUGUUUGGUGUACUUGUCAUUUUAGUUCUAGGCCCAUUUUCCCCCCAUUGUUUCCAAUUAAUCGGUCCAUAAUUUGGCUUCAUUAAAAUGUUGAUGUUGGAGCUGCAAGCAGAGUUGCUAUCUCACAGCUCCAGGAUUGAUUACCUGAGCUCAGGUUAUUGCCUGUGUGCAGUUUUGCAUGUUCUCCCCAUGUCCUUCAGGUUCUCUGGUUUCAACCAAUCUCUCAAAAAAAAAAAAAAACAUGCCAGAAGGUGGAUUGCUGAUUCCAUAUUGCCCCUAGGUGUGAAUGAGUGUGUGACUGCGUGUGUGCACGGUGUCCUUUGAUGGACUGGUGUCCCAUCCAGUGUGUAUUCCUGCCUCACACCCAGUGU